AUGUCUCCUGAACCUGGUGGUACCAAUUAUGAUGGUCGUCGAAAACGUGUAAAUUCUACUUCUACAGCAAGUACAAGCUUGCAAAUCCGUAAAACUCCAGCUAGUAUGACAAAAAGGAUAAACAAUAAUAACUUGCCAUCAACAGCUAUUUUGAUAAGAACUAGAAAUAAUUCAACAAGUUCAGCACAAGCUGAAGCUCUUAAAAAUAUUAAAGUGAAAAGAUCUCCAAGAUUACGGACAAUAUCGUUAAAUAUUGACGAGAAAAAAUUUUUUACGGAAAGGAAACCUACGGCUUCACCAUCUAACUCAUCUGAAAGUUCUAAUUAUUCUACUGGUGAUCCUAAAUCAACAACUGUAUGCGCAAAAAACAAAACUUAUAAUAUUUUAGUUAUUAAGAAUGGUGGUACACGAACACGACCUAAACGUAACUGUAACUCAGUUCUUAAUAAUCAACAAAAUUAUAACAAUAAUUCUAUACGCAGUUGUUCUCCUGGUAGAAGUAGUAUCACAAACAAUAUCACGGGAGGAGGUCAACAACAUAUCAAUUCCAAUAAUAUGAUGUACUCCGCCAGUCCAGCCUCAAAUUAUAAAAUACAUACAUCGAUGGAAGACGUUAUUAUUGAAGAAAAUUUUCAAGAUGAAGAAGAUUAUGAUCAUCUUCGUGUUCCUGGAAACUAUUCGUGCUCUGAAAAUUUGAGAAAUCAUACUGGAAAUUCUCAACAUCAAUCAUCACCAUCAAGUGAUACAAUUGGAUCUUUACCAAGACCAAUUCCAUCAGCUAAUGGAUCAUCUGGUGCUAAUAGUCUUACCUCAGAUUCACCACUUGGAAGUGGAUUUGGAAAAAUUGUCAGUAGUUCAGCACCAGCAUCAUCUUUUGAAAUGGAAGCAUUAAUUAGAGGAAGAACAGGUACCAACUCUUCACAACUUUCAGGAAUGCCAAUGGCAUCAGAAACAGAAGUAUGUCGUGAUAGAAGAAAAAAAGAUAUACAUAAUAUGAUAGAAAGAAGACGUCGUUAUAAUAUAAAUGAUAGAAUUAAAGAGUUAGGGCAAAUGCUCCCAAAAUCAACAGCAGAAGAAAUGAAAUUAAAUAAAGGAACAAUUCUUAAAGCUUCAUGUGAUUAUAUAAGACAAUUACAAAAAGAGAAUGAACUAUUAGCAAAACAAGCUCAGGCAGGGAAUGUAAGAAAUCAAGAUGCUUUAACAAAAAAGUAUCAAGAACGUAUACGUGAACUAGAAGAAAUAAUAUUAAGAAAUAAUUUGGCAAAACUUCCUCAAUCAGAUUCUACAUCUGGAAAUGGUAAUCAGGUAGUGUUAGGAAAGAUGAUAAAACAAGAAGUCUUUGAUGAUUAUAAGCCAACAAAUACACCCUCACCUCAUCAUAUCGGUUCUUAUGGCUCUAAAGGCUUUGUGUCGCAACUUUCCGAAAUGCAGAUUACCGGUAGUCCUAUAAGAAAUCCACAAAAUAAUUAUAUUAAUGUUCAUUCUAACGGACAAGGUAACAUGUCUCAAAUGAUGCAUAGUCCAGGGUAUAGUUAUUUUAAUGAUUCUACUUCUGGAAAUGGUGGAUCAAAUGUUGCUAGUGAAUAUGGUACACCUAAUGGUAAUACAUUACAAUGGGCAUCAAAUGGGCAAUCAAUGAAAAUGGUACCAGAAAAUAAUUUCGACUUAAUGGAUGAAUUAAAUCUUUUUCAAUCUUCAAGUAAUCCAAUGAUUCAAGGUGAUCAAGUUAAUGGUAUGAUGUCUGGUAGUCAAAUGUCACCAGACAUUACUUGGGAUCAUUCUGGUUUUAGCCCAGAGGGUGCUUCUAAAACCACCGAUCAAGGAAGAGUAGUUAAUAUGGAUUAUUAA